AUGCUCGAAUAUAUAGGAGCUUGGGAGUGGUACAAUACUCAGUUGGAGCUUGCGAAGAAAACACUCAGAACUAAAAAGAAUAAAUCAGUAGGGGAGCGCGGUGCGGCGUUGCAUGUAAUGAAUCAAAUACAGGACAGAUGGAUCAGCGGAGUGGGAAUAGUCACUCCGCAUGAAGAUGAGUAUAACUCUCUAUCAAGAAGUGGCUCUUCCAGUAUAACUGCGGAGGGGAAAUAUCUGCAGCGAAAGCGGAUUAACACGCAGCUCUAUCGAGGAAAGAUGUGUACCAAGCUCGUGAAAGAACUUGGUCUUGGGAUAUUGUUCGAUCGAAAUAUCUGGGUCUAUGUUAAAUCGAAGAUAGAUCAGCUUGAUACCUUGGUAAAGGAUAUCAUAGCCGAUACUAGAUAUACGAAGCUGCUCCAGAUUCUCAGUCCACAAGUAGAACAACUUGUGAAGAAUGGGUCACCAGAUCUUCAUAUUUUCUACGAGGACCUAAAAAAUGCAGAACUACUCUCCGAAAACGAGCUCCGUGAACUGGAAGAAUGUUUUGCCUUGGAAGGGGACCCCCUGCCUCACGGUCAGCUCGAGUCAGAAAUUGAUCGUUUGAUCAAAGAUGUCAAUAUUAAGGUACUUGAUCAGACAAGAUUUGGACGCGAUGACACGAUUGCAAUCAACGAUGGUAUAGAGAUACCAUGUGAUAUCUUCGACCGACUUCGCCCGGGCAAAUGGCUGAAUAGUUGGACUAUCAAUGCUCUCAUGCAAAUCUCUGAUAAACCUGCCUUUGUUAGGUAUAGUCUAAGUAUCCCGUUGGAUGAGGAGAAUGGCAACGGUGAUUUUCGCCCGAUCAAACAUCCCCUAAGAGGCUGGGCCAAAAAGAUGGCUGAGUUUCGGGAAAAGGCCAGGGAUCCCUCUGGAGACCUGGUCCCGUUGGUUUUUUUCUGCCCAAUCAACCAUCAAGGGAGCCAUUUCUCGUUACUGGAGAUCAACGAACGGGACAAGGUUAUACACCAUUAUGAUUCGAGGGCUAAGCUGAAUACCAGUCUCCGAAUAGAAGAUAUAGUUCAGGAGCAGUUUGGCGAUUUAAAGUUCUCCUACGCAGAAGUACCUACUCCGCGACAGCGCGACGGCUGGAGUUGCGGAAUCAGGACGGUUUGGAAUUUCCGACGCUUAUCGAAUAAUCUCUCAAUUGGAGCAGGUGAUACCGCGCUGAACCCAGAGCGGAUGAUACUAGAAGUCGUAGAGGGGCUGACAGCCUGCGUGGAGGGUGGUGCGAUGACAAAAUAUAUUCGACGAAGACGCUCAGGCCGAGAGAGGCGACCAGUGACACCUGGAUCUAUGACGAUAAUGCGCGAGAGGGGUGCCCAAGCCCCUACAGGACAAGGCAUUGUGUAA